CAGCGCCGGGUGAGGGUGGGAGGGCUCAGUCGACUUUACCGGAGCGGGAUUGGAACCGGCAGUGAGGGGUGGCACCGGGAGGCGCUUGAGGUUUGGGAGCCUGGGUCGCGGACGGGGCGUGGCGUGUCCGGAGUCUCGAGCUUGUGUGUCCGUGAGCAGCUGGGAAGGGUGGUGUGUGACAGGCGGCGAGACAGGGCCGGGAUGUGUCUUGAUGAUGAGGUGCGCGGCCCUAUUUGUAGGUGUGGUUUGCUUUGGCUUUGUGUUGUUAAAUUCCCUCUAGAUUCUUAGGGCCUGCCAAAGUUAAAUGACUGCAAGAGAAGAAGUUCUGUACUAAGUCCUAGGAUGAACGUUUCAAGAAGGAAGGCACCGGUCUAGUCUUGGGAUGAGAAUUUUACAUCUGAAAGUGUCCUUGUGACAGACUCCUGGGAAGACGUGAUGAGGUCCCAGAGUCUCUGUGCUCCAAGAAAUGCUGCUGUCUCAUGAUUCCUCUUUCCCCUACUGCUGUUGGGUUUGUAAGAAGGACCCUGAGGAGGAGGAAAGAACUAUUACAUAUUUAGAAAUCGAUGUUCAGGUGACUUACAUAAUUCAUGUUCAUUCACGGGAGAAUCGUGACAGUGAACGUGUCUUAUUGUAGUGAUGAGCAACAGCCACAUGAUGUUCAAGAGCUGCUCUGGCUUUUCUGGACUUUGUACGUCACCAGUAGAGGAACCCCAUGGAGCAUUAAUUAGUUCUUGCAAUUCUAGAACCAUGACUGAUGAGUCGGUGACUUUCCGGGAUGUGGCCAUCGACUUCUCUCAGGAGGAGUGGGAGUGCCUGGAUCCGGCUCAGAGGGACUUAUACGUGGAUGUGAUGUUGGAGAACUACAGUAACUUGGUCUCACUGGAUUUGGAGUCAACAUAUGAAACCAAAAAUACGUUUUCAAGAAAGGAUAUUUUUGAAAUAAAAUCUUCCCAGUCAGAGAUAAAGGAAAGAAAUAAAAUCCUUGGUCUUGAGGCAUCCAUUUUCAAAAAUAUCUGGAAGUGCAAAAGCAAAUUCGAGGGACUACCGGGACAUCAGGGGGAAUACUUCAGUCAAAUGAUAAUCAGCUAUGAAAAAAUGCCCACUUACAGAAAAAGUAAAUCUCUUACUGCACAUCAAAGAAUUCAUACUCCAGAGAAACUCUAUGUUUGUAAGGAAUGUGGGAAGGCUUGUAGUCAUGGUUCAAAACUUGUUCAACAUGAGAGAACUCAUACGGCUGAAAAACACUUUGAAUGCAAAGAAUGUGGGAAGGACUUUUUUAGUGCCUAUAAACUCACUGUGCACCAGAGAUUUCAUACUGGUGAGAAACCCUACAAAUGUAAGGAAUGUGGGAAGGCCUUUAGUUGGGGAUCAAGUCUUGUUAAGCAUGAGAGAAUCCAUACUGGGGAGAAACCCUAUGAAUGUAAGGACUGUGGGAAGGCCUUUAGUCGUGGCUAUCACCUUACUCAACAUCAGAAAAUUCAUAUUGGUGUGAAAUCCUAUGAAUGUAAGGAAUGUGGGAAGGCCUUUUUUUGGGGCUCAAGCCUUGCUAAACAUGAGAUCAUUCAUUCAGGUGAGAAACCUUAUAAAUGUAAAGAAUGUGGGAAGGCCUUCAGUCGUGGUUAUCAACUUACUCAGCAUCAGAAAAUUCAUACUGGUAAGAAACCUUAUGAAUGUAAAGUAUGCGGAAAGGCUUUUUGUUGGGGCUAUCAACUUACUCGACAUCACAUAUUUCAUACUGGCAAGAAACCUUACGAAUGUAAUGAUUGUGGGAGGACAUUUAAUUGUGGCUCAAGUCUUAUUCAACAUGAAAGAAUUCAUACUGGGGAGAAACCCUAUGAAUGUAAAGAAUGUGGAAAGGCCUUUAGUCGUGGCUAUCACCUUACUCAACAUCAGAAAAUCCAUACCGGUGAGAAACCUUUUGAAUGUAAGGAAUGUGGGAAAGCCUUUAGUUGGGGUUCAAGCCUUGCUAAACAUGAAAGAGUUCAUACUGGUGAGAAAUCCUAUGAAUGUAAACAAUGUGGCAAAGCCUUUGGCAGUGGCUAUCAACUUACUCGACAUCAGAUAUUUCAUACUGGAGAGAAACCCUAUGAAUGUAAGGAAUGUGGGAAGGCCUUUUAUUGUGGCUCAAGCCUUGUUCAACAUGAGAGAAUUCAUACUGGGGAGAAACCCUAUGAAUGUGAAGAAUGUGGGAAGACCUUUAGUCGUGGCUAUCACCUCACUCAACAUCAGAAAAUCCAUACCGGCGAGAAACCGUUUAAGUGUAAGGAAUGUGGGAAGGCCUUCAGUUGGGGUUCAAGCCUUGUUAAACAUGAGCGAGCCCAUACUGGUAAGACAUCCUAUGAAUGUAAAGAAUGUGGGAAGGCCUUUAGAACUGGCCAUCAACUUUGUGUUCAUCAGAGACUUCAUCCUGAUGAGAAACUUUAUCAAUGUAAGGAAUUUGGGAAGUCAUUUACUCAUGGCUCAAAUCUUGUUCCCCACAGAGUACACACUGCAGAAAAACCUUACAAAGGGGAGGAGUGUGAGAAAGGUUUCAUUCGGGACUUUCAUCUUCAAAUUAACCAGAUGGCCCAUGCAGGAGAGAAGCCCUAUAAAUGUGAAAAAUGUGAAAACACCUUCCGUCGGUUUUCAAGUCUUCAAGCCCAUGAGAGAGUCCACAGUAGAGAGAAAUCAUACAAAUAUGAUACAUCGUGUAAAAGUUUCAGUCAGAGCUCACAUUGUCACGCUCCUCUGAUAAUCCACACGUUAGCGAAACCCUAUAAAUGUGAGGAGUGUGGGCUGGGUUUCAGUCAGAGCUCAUAUCUUCAAGUCCAUCAGAGAGUCCACAUGGGGAAGAAACCUUAUAAAUGUGAAGAGUGUGGGAAGGGCUUCAGCUGGCGUUCACGACUACAGGCUCAUCAGCGGAUCCACACUGGAGAGAAACCAUACAAAUGCGAUGCAUGUGGCAAGGGCUUUAGUUAUAGCUCACACCUUAAUAUUCAUUGUAGAAUCCAUACCGGAGAGAAACCCUAUAAAUGUGAGGAGUGUGGGAAAGGCUUCAGUGUGGGUUCACACCUUCAAGCCCACCAGAUAAGCCACACUGGAGAGAAACCAUACAAAUGUGAGGAGUGUGGCAAGGGCUUCUGUCGGGCCUCAAAUCUUCUGGACCAUCAGAGAGGCCAUACUGGUGAGAAACCAUAUCAGUGUGAUGCAUGUGGGAAGGGCUUCAGUCGUAGCUCAGAUUUUAACAUUCAUUUUAGAGUCCAUACAGGAGAGAAACCCUAUAAAUGUGAGGAGUGUGGGAAGGGCUUCAGUCAGGCCUCAAAUCUUCUGGCCCAUCAAAGAGGCCACACUGGAGAAAAACCAUACAAAUGCGGUACAUGUGGGAAGGGCUUCAGUCGGAGUUCAGAUCUGAACGUUCAUUGUAGAAUCCACACAGGUGAGAAACCUUAUAAAUGUGAGAAGUGUGGUAAGGCCUUCAGUCAGUUCUCAAGUCUUCAAGUGCAUCAAAGAGUCCACACGGGAGAGAAACCAUAUCAGUGUGCAGACUGCGGGAAAGGCUUCAGUGUGGGUUCACAGCUUCAAGCCCAUCAGCGGUGCCAUACUGGAGAGAAACCAUAUCAAUGUGAGGAAUGUGGGAAGGGCUUCUGUCGGGCUUCAAAUUUCCUCGCUCACCGUGGAGUCCACACGGGAGAGAAACCAUACCGAUGUGAUGUGUGUGGUAAGCGUUUUAGACAGAGAUCAUACCUUCAAGCCCACCAGAGAGUCCAUACUGGAGAGAAACCAUAUAAAUGUGAGGAAUGUGGUAAGGUCUUUAGUUGGAGCUCAUACCUUCAAGCCCAUCAGAGAGUUCACACUGGAGAAAAACCUUACAAAUGUGAGGAGUGUGGGAAGGGUUUCAGUUGGAGCUCAAGUCUUAUAAUUCAUCAGCGAAUCCAUGCUGAUGAUGACGGUAAGAAGGACUUUCCCUCAUCAGAGAAUUCAUACAGGAAAUAAACUCUAUAAAGUUAUAUGUUUUAAUACCUCAGAUGGGUGCUGAAAUAGUCCAAUUAUCAGGCCUGUCAUAGAAGAUGAAAUAUUUGUUUUAUGUCAGUAUUUCAGCCAGAGUGUGACAUGUCAUAGUGGUUGGGUGACCACACAGCAGGGAAGCCUCGUGAGAGUGGAGAUAUAAGGACUUCAAGCAGAACCUUGACAUUCAGCACAUAUUACAUGGAGGAGAGACUAAGAAGGAAGGAUGAGUCUGAUCUGGAGUUAGCCAAAAGUAUUAAGAUGGAAAUGCCAUGAUCUAGUCCACUAUCAUAAGCGCAAGAGGAUAACGACUUUGUUGACUGCCAAAUAUACUCUGCCUUUCAGUGCCUAACACAUUGUAGAUGUUCAGUAGUUGUUAAAUGAGUUAAAGAGAAGACAGUCAUAUUUCAAAUUUUUAUUCACUUCAUCUCCAGCUAUUUCUAUAAGAUUGUACUUAGAAGAGGAAUUCCGCAAGGCUUGGAGGACAUUUAAAUUAGAUGCAUGAGCUCAUUUUCCCAACCUGCAGGUCUUGUAAACUAAACUUUAUCAAACUGAAGGUUGUAAUCUGUUAGUGGGUCCAAAGUCAAUUCAGCAGGUUGUGACCAAUUCAACGGGUUGUUUGCUAACAACUGAGGUAUAAUUUGCAUGCAGUAACAUGCAUAAAAGUCUCAAUGUUUACAACUUCAUGAAUUUCGACAAAGGUGUACACUUGUGUAAUCAUCACCAAGACCAGUACGUAUAUACAACAUUUCCAUUAAACCAGAACUUUUUUUGGUGCACAUUUCCAGUCAAUGCCACCUCCAGUGGCAACAGCAAGUAUUGUGAUUUCUAUGCGAUAGAUUAGGUAGGUCUGACCUUGAGCCUCAUGUGGGUUCAGUAUGUACUCUUUUAUGUCUGGAUUAUUUUGAUCAAAUACAUGAUCAUCUCAAUAGAUUGAGAGAAAGCUUUUGACAAAACAUCACUUCAUGAUAAAAAGUAAGUCCUCAGUGAUAUAAAAGGCAUCUAUAAAAUUCUUACAAGCUAACAUUCUCUUUUUUUAAUUAUGGAAUAAUUUAUAUGUAGUAAAUCAACUCUUCAGUGUAUCAUUUUGUGUUUGGGCAAAUGCUUACUAUCAUAUUAUCACCAUCACAAGACAUUUAACAGUUCCAUCACCCACCUCCCACCCUGAAAUUCUUUUGUAUUUUUGUAGUGACUCCUUUCCCCAUCACAUCCCCUACACCCUUAACAACCACCAAUCUGUUUUCUGUCUGUAUUGUUGGCCUUUUCCAGAAUGUCAUAUAAAUGGAAUCAUACAGUAUGUAACCUUUGGAGUCUGGCUUCUUUCACUUAAUGUUUCUGAGAUUCAUCAAUUUUGAUGUAUGUAUCAGUAGUCAUUCCUUUUAUUGCUGAAUGGUAUUGUUGUAUGAUGUACCAUAUUUUGUUUAUCCACUUAUGAUUUGAAGGGUUUCCAGUUUUUAGCUGUUAUGAAGAAAGCAGCCAUAAACAUUCACAUACAGUUUUGUGUGUCAACAUAAGUUUUCUUUGUCUUAGUAAAUACUUAAGAGUGGGAUUGCUAGGUUGUAUGGUAAGGGUAUGUUUAACUUUAUGAAAAACUGACACACUUUUCUAAAAUGGACAUACCAUUUUGCAUUCCCACCAUCAGUGCAUGUCAGAGUUUUGUUUUUAGCAUUUCAGUAGGUUUAUAGUGGUAUCUC